UAGAGGUCUAUAGCAUACAGCUCAACAGUUGUAAUGCAAAAUAGAGUGAUGAACGUGUUGAUGAAAAGACAAAUGUAAUAAAUGACGUAUAUACAAUUGAAAAACUUACAAGCUAAUUCAUCAAUUUGCUAUUGAUUGAGGUUACUGAGAAAGAUUAUUGGUUCCUUGAAGUUUUUUCCAAAAAGAUUAUUCGUCUGCAUGAUUAUUUAGCCACUUUUUGAAGACUGAAAAUCUUUGGUUAAAGAAAAAGAAGAAUUCAUCAGGAUGAUUGAUGUCACAAAUGUAUUUGGCUUUGAACUCUUUCAAAAACUCUAUCAUGAUGAUAUCCAUAAAAAGGAAGACGUAAUAAUUCUAUUCAUGCAUUGGUAUUUGACAAAAUCUGGAUUUAGAUGCAUUGGCAUCGGAGAUGAUGCAACGUUUAAUGCAUCAGAAAAAGGUUCUGAAUUAAUUCCAACAGAAUGGAAUUCACGUCCCAGUUAUGCACUACGUUAUGUAAAAGAUGGAAAAUUACAUGUACUUCUUGGAGUCAAAUCAGAUACAGAUUUAUUAUUAAACUUCAUGAAGCACCAAGAUAAUUCUGUUUCUAACAUUUCGUUCCCUAUCGAGGAAACUGUAUCUGCAUUACAUGGACCUUUAGAGACUGUAAUACCAUCCUAUCAAACAAUUUUACAUAAUGUACAAAAAGAUUUUGUAAGUAUGAUAUGUUCUAACGAAGCAGGGACGCAAACAACCGUACUAAAUAGUCCUGGAAGUUCCUCUGGAACGAAUGAGGUUCCUCCUAUUGAUUCUCGAGCUGAUUCUCCAUCGUCUUCUGGUAAUCGAGCAUUAAAUCGUCAUAAUAGACCUGAAUAUGUGGACGUAGGAAGUAGAGAUCUUAAUCCAUUUGGAGAAGGCAGUGGUAUGAUAUUCGAUCCAUAUAGCCAGAGGCGUCGUCAAAUGCAACGUCCAAGGAUACCUUACCAGGACGUAAUAUCUGGAUUAUUGCCGCUAAAUGCGGUACCACCUGGUGCAAGAUUCGAUCCUUUUGGUCCACCUGAACCGGACCUAAUGAGACCACAUCGUCGUAGACCCGAUGAUGACCAUUUACCUCCUCCACAAUAUGAUGAUAUGUUUUUGUAAUAAGUUACAGAAAAUUAAAUUUGAUGAGAAUGAAGGUAUACAAGUAUAGACAGACAGUUUCUUUAUAUAUUAAAUGUCUAUAAUAUUAUGCCAUUUCACUAAUAUAUUUCUUCUACAAUAUGUAUUAUUAUAUUGUAAAGAA